GACAUCGAUUCAUAGGGCAUCGUGAUGUCUUCAAAGAACGUUGUCACUAUUGGUCAACUCGUUAGGAAGUGCUUAAGGAAAGCGUAUUUUCUUCCUCAAAAACCCUCGUCGUACUCUAAAGGGUACAGGUUCUUAAACGACAAAAAAUACUGGACUUACGAUUGUCCGCCUUCUCCUCUGUACUUCGAUCGCCUUCUGUCGCCAUUUCGUCAUCUUCCCGCUGCUGGAGACGAAAUUCCUAUUAUAAUGGAGUGUACACCUGAAUCGUACUUGCUUCAGCACUGGAAGCAAUGGCUUCCGGCUUUUCCUCCCGUCGUUAUCAAGUCACUAGACGAGGGACUGCGAGAUGAUAUCCCUGUCAUAACAACGGCGGCGCUGGAAGCCAUCCCGGAACACAAGCAUAGUAUACCUCCCGAUCUUUUGUACGAACUGCAGCUUAAAAGUACCAUUCUCGAAGUAGGGGUUCCAUUUCCACGAUAUCUUGUCAAAGACGCUCUAACAUAUCCUUGUGCUGUUAAAGCUGAUAUGAGCACUGGUGGACGUGGGAGCUGGCUUGUCAAAAACGAAAGGGAAUUGUCGGAGACGCUGCAGCAAAUGAAAGAUGUGUGCAACUGGAAGGGGGGGACUGUGUUUCAAGAAUACAUUCCUGGAGUUAAAGAAGUGCCUAGCUUUCAAUUUUAUCUGCAUAAAUCCGGCGAACUCUUUUGGGUUGGCACAACAACCGGUGGAUUUACCGGAUGUUUUUCAUGGACUACUGGAUCAGUGGACUGGGACAAGCAAGAAGAGUAUGAAAAACUUGUGUACAAAGAGUUCACAUUACCCAUAAAAGAUUACCUGCAAAGGCGAGGCUACUUUGGCCUGGUCACUUUUGAGGUUUUAAUUACUGAUCAUGCAAAGUACCUAGUGGAUAUUAACCCAAGAAUAGGAGGCGAUACAACACAUUUGUUACUUGCUCGUCACAUGGCUCUGGAUAUUGGCUUCAAACAUUCAGCAAUUUUUUGUAAAAAUAAGCACUCCAACCUGACUUCCAAGGAACUAGUUAAGAGGGCAAAUGAUAGCAAUGAGCAAGGUGAAGGAUUGACUGUUGUACUAUCAGCAGCUGAUGCUGAUGUAGGAUGUGAAUCAUAUGUGUCUGUUUUUGCUAAGACACCAGAUGCAGUACAAACUCUUUUUCACAAUUUGAAAAACUGAUUGAUGAGUCAUGAAUCAUUAAUAAUCAGUUGGUUGUUACUUAAUAAUGAAGUAAUGAUUUGUAGGUUGCAAUAUUUUAAAUGUAUCAGUUAGCCUGCCUAACAGGUAAAUACAAAAAUCUUUUAUUUUAUUGUUAUUUAAGAAGAGAGCAUGGAAUAACCUAACUUCUACAAUACUUAAUUUAAUCUGUUGAUCAUAACAUACAAAUUAACUAUACAAUUUACUUUUCAUUUUGUCUUUGCUGCAUUAGUAAUUCAGAAGGUUACUCAAUUUUAAUUUUAUAGGCAAUAUUUUUUGACCUUUGAACAAUUCAUAACCUUGCUAUAAUAUUUUCAAUACUUAAUGACUGAAGUCUUUAGGUAAAGGUGGAAGUAGGGGGAAGGGGGCAGGGUGGCAGCUUUGUUACCAUUUAGCAUCUUUCUCUACACUUAUUUCUCCUACUCAACAUUUGCAUAUGUUUCUGUUGUUCUUUUCAUGGUUAGCAUUACUAGUUUUUUUGUAUCUUUCUGAAAAUUUGACAGUCAAUAAGAAAAUAAAUAAAUGUUCCUUGAA